AUGUUCAGUUUUGAAGAAGAGGCUUCAGCAUCGGAUCAAAAGCAACCAAUAACUCCAACACCUGCAGCUGGGAUUCGAAAUGAUCAGCAACAAGAAGAAGAAUUUACAAUCAAUCAAACACAACAACCAACUCAGCAAAAACAACAAUACACUCCGAUUGAAACAAUUGAUAUUAAUUAUGAAAAGUUGAAAGAUUGGUUAGUGGAUAGAAGCUUUCUUCCUUCCGAUUAUGUAAAACCUUUGAAGCAAAUUAGAGCAUAUAUCAAACACGCUUGGAAUGAAAUGAUAUCAAGACAUGAAGAGUUGAAAGACACUCAAAAGGAGAAGGAACAGCCAGUAACAGAAUUAAUUGCAAGAAUUAGACAAGAAGCAAGAGAGUCCCAGGAACAAGAUGAAGUGUCUCGUAUUGAUUACUUUUUGACCAAACAAAUUGUGCAGGUUUUGGAAAAAGCAGACGCCUCCGAAGGAAGUGGGUUUUUGUUUGGCUUGGUUGGAGGCUCCAAACGACUCAAAUUGUGGAAGCACGUAUUACAAUCAUAUGAAAGUAGAUCCAUUCACUUGGCUGAACUGUCUGGAUACAUGACCCAAAAUGUAAAGUAUGAAAUACCAGCAGUGGCUAGCUCUCUCUUGACAUUACGAAACCAAUUAGAAAGUCUUGAUAAGAAAGAAGAAGACUGGAAGAGAUCACUCGAGUUAACAAAAAGAGAAUUUGCAGAGGCUUGCGAAAAACUUUCAAUUAAUAAGGAAAAGGUUGACAGAAUUAUUGAAUUUGCUUCUUUGGGAAGUAGCGUCGGUGUCGACAUUGAAGAAGAAAUCAAGAAAGCAGUGCUUGAAUUACCAUCACUUUACGAAAAAAUUAUUGACUCAUGCCGAGAUCCUGUAUUUAAGAAAGCAGUCGACUAUUAUGAGCAAUUUACAUUAUUUAUUAACAAGCAAAAGUGCUCUGAGCCUCUUUUGAAUUUUAUAUUUUCCAACAUUGAUGCUCAGUACAAUGGAACCAUUCCAAGUUUGUCACUUUAUGAUUGGAAGUCUUUUAACAAAGAAGAAUUGCCUCAGUUUGAUGAAGACAAAGUACAAAACUUAAUUAAUAAGCUGUUAAAAGAAGAAGAAUCUAAGCAACAGAGUAGUGCUGAAAAAGAACCAGAAAUUGAUUUUGGUGAUUUUUCAACAGAUAAUAACAAUUUGGAAAUUAAGUGGGAUACCAACAUUGAGGAAAACAAGGAAGUUGAAAUCAAAUUCGAUGAUGUGGUGCAAGAGAAAGAGUUAGAAAUUGAUUUUGGAGACUUUAGUACAGACCAAGGAUUUUCGAUGAAUGACACGAUGACAGAUAAUUCACAGGUAGAUACCAGUGUUAAUGAAAAGAACAAUCGAGCAGUAGCAGAGAUGAAGAUGAAGUCAUUCCUCGAUUCAGAGGAUGUACGAGCACGAUUUUCAAGUAAUAUUUUCCAACUCUAUGCCUUUAUCCAGCAAAGACUUAUUGAAACUUCUCGAAAUUCAACAUUGGAAGCAGACAUUUUCAGAAAUGCUCCUCAAUCGAUCAAGUCACUCACAAAGGAUGAGCUAUCUCAAUUUAAAAAAGUGGUUUCUAACAUUAUUUCUACACUUAACAAUCCACACUUCAAACAACUUGUUCUCAUCAAGACUUCAAAGAAGUUUGUGGAACGUUUAGUACAAUCACUGACACAAAAAGUUGAAAUUAUGAGCAAAGUGAGAUCCAAUUUAGAAUCCGUAGAUUCUCAACGUAUCACUCUUAAUACCUCGAUUAAGAAGCAGCAACCAACGUUGGAAAAGUUGAAACGACAAACCAAAGAAUACCAGCAAUAUGUGCAACAAACACUUUCUGAUCGGUUGGGAAAGAGAGUUCUCAUCUUUGGAGAAAUUAAUAAAAUUUAA